AUGCGUUCCACAACAUUCCUUCCGGCCUUGGCCGUCCUGGCCAAACUGAGCACAGCUGCCUACACGCUCCAGCAAGAUUUCGGUGUUUCAUCGUUCUUCGACAAUUUCGCCUUCUUUACGGGCACUGACCCUACCAACGGAUUCGUUGACUACGUCGACCAGAGCACUGCUCAGAGUGCUGGUCUUAUCUCUACUGGAAGUUCGGUGUACAUCGGUGUCGACAACACCAAUGUUGCUUCGAGCAGCGGGCGCCAAAGCGUCCGUAUAUCUAGCACGGCUACCUUUAACCAUGGCCUUGUGAUCCUGGAUCUGGCUCACAUGCCUGGAGGUAUCUGCGGAACUUGGCCUGCAUUCUGGAUGCUUGGAUCAGACUGGCCCAACAACGGCGAGAUCGACAUCAUUGAAGGUGUCAACGACCAGAGCAACAAUGACAUGACCCUCCACACCAGUGAUGGCUGCAGCAUCACCAGCAGCGGCUUCACCGGUAGCCUGGUCACGUCCAACUGCUAUGUGGAUGCGUCUGGACAGUCCACAAACUCGGGAUGCCAAAUCGCGUCGAGCUCCUCCCAGUCGUUUGGUACCAACUUCAACAACGCUGGCGGUGGUGUGUAUGCGACAGAGUGGACCAGUGAUGCCAUCAGCAUCUGGUUCUUCCCUCGUGGCAGCAUUCCCUCGGACAUCACCAGCGGUAGUCCCGAUCCUACCAGCUGGGGCACUCCCGAUGCCAACUUCGCGGGCGACUGCGAUAUUGACUCGCACUUCAACUCCCUCCAGAUUGUCUUCGACACCACCUUCUGCGGUGACUGGGCCGGUGCUGUCUGGAGCUCCGAUUCCACCUGCUCUGCGCUCGCCAGCUCCUGCCAGGACUACGUCCAGAACAACCCGACUGCAUUCAAGGACGCCUACUGGGAGAUCAACUCUCUCAAAGUCUACCAGGACUCCAGCAACAGCAUCAGCAACAUCAUCAGCGGCGGCCUGAACGCAACCAUUCACGGCCAUCUCAAUGCGACCAUCGCCGCCGGGCUCAAUGCGACUAUCGGCCGCGGACUCAAUUCGACCUUCAGCGGCGGCCUGAAUGCGUCUAUUCCUUCAUUGAAGAGACGCUCCCACCGCAACAGACACAUGCACAUGCACGGUCAUCACUAG